AUGGCGGGUGCAUCGUCCCAAGCGGCUUCUGUCGGGGGCUUGGCUUUGGGAGCAUCUCGCGGUGCACAUCCCACGAUGCGAUUGGAUUCCUUCUUGAAAUCCACCGACCCCGGAUAUCAGCAUGCAGAGGCGCCCGCGCAGGGAGAUCGCUUCAUCAGGAAGAUGGCCACAUAUGGGCAGAUUCGCCCUUCCGUCAGCUUUGUGAGCGAAGCCCGCGUUAUCCGACCGGUCAAGGAAUGUGGCGCAAUGGAUAUGUCCAUUUUGCCACACCCGCUGAUGGACCCAAAGGGCGAUCCUCGCGAAGGGACCUUUGAGAUCCCGCCUCCACCUGAAGAAGUUGACGAUUCCUUCAUCAAAAUGUAUCAGAAUCACAGCCUGAUGCUUCCAUCCGAGCGGUACAAGGAGCAUCUCCUCAUGAAAGCUGGUGAAAAGAAGUGGCGAGAGGAAAGGGACGCAGUGUUUCGAUAUCGUAAGCGCAUGACGGUCCUGGAGCGGAAGCACCCGGAAGGUAUCCUGGGAAUUGAUGGACCCACGCAUCCGGAUACCUUGCUGUACAAAGAUCGUUAUCAGCAUUUGGCUGCACAGGCAGAGCGCAAGGCAAACAUUGCCGAGAAUCGCUUUGCAAACUUACACGCGCAGAAUUAUUCAGACGACGCAGUGGCAAUGCGAAGCCAUGGCACUGAUCCGGGCCUGGAGCGCUCUAAGGACAUUUGUAUUCAGCGAAAAUGCAUCGAUCCCGAGCAACAUCCAUUUCGAUUUCUUGAUACGCACGCACGCCUCUUUCCGAAAUAUUCGCCGACCUGGGACCCUGAACGAGCCGCAGCCCUGCGCAGUCACGACGUCAGGGACAGGCAGCACAACAUCAUCAAUGGCGCACGCAACGAAUUGACGUACGACGUUGCACUCCCAUGGGAGGAGGUCCAGCAGCAAGCAGUGCAGCGUCGGGUUGCUGAAGCUGCAAAGACUGCCACUCGAAGCAUGAGCAGCCAUGAGAUUUGA